GGAGGACGAGAGCUGAGCAGUGAGCAAUAGUUCACUGGAUGUGGGAUACAGAGUGGGAUCUGCAGCAGAAGAAGAUCAGAUAGCAGAUAUACCAAGAAAGUGUGAGACUCUUGACUGCCCAUGACUCUAAAAUAAGCUCUGAGGGAUUGAUUUUUGAUACGGACUGGUCCCCCACAGGCCAUGUGAGCUCUACAGACAUUGAAUUGGGGAAAGCCGUGAUCAAGUUGUUAGGAUAUUUUGAGGUCAGAAUUAUGAUUUCAUUGCUUCACUAAAGUAAUGUUCUAAUUUCUUGACUCUUUCUGAUCUAGAUAUUAUUCAGGCACUUCCUCUGGAGGACUUGACAGCAGGAGUGAUUGUAAUGCUCUGCUUAUUGAGUGGAGAAAGAGACUUGUUAAAACUACGAGGCGAAGACAAGAUGCUACUCUGUGACCGUUUACUUUUCUGCCUCGGGAGAAUAAAGUGGUUCUACCCGUAAAAGAAGAGAAGAUUUGAAGGACGCCAGAAGGUGAAACAUGCAGUAGCUUGGCAAAAAAACAGGGAUUAAGAGUUGGAAAACAACAUUUAUUGGAAACAAUUGCACAAAAGGAAACUACUACUGUGCAUCACCUUUAAAUCCAGUGUGUUUUGGACGGAGCUGUGCACUUCCUGUGAGCCUGAUCAGUUUUGUAUGAGCUGGGCUGAUAGAGAGAACGUGGCUGAGCCCCACUGAGGCAUGAGUGUGGGAAGGGCCAAGCAUCACAGCUUCGUGUCCUGUGAAGAAGAAGGCUUGAGACUUAGUGCAAUGCCUGCAGUGGGCAGCUUCGGCAAUGGCAAGAUUCAAACGAGACGAAAGUACCACAGCCGCUUUGUCAGCAAGGCUGGCCAAUGCAACAUCCAUUUCUCAAACAUGGAUGAGAAGUCACAGCGGUACAUAUCGGAUAUUUUCACAACAUGUGUGGACGUCCGCUGGCGAUACAUGUUCCUGCUCUUUAGCCUGGUGUUUGUGGUGUCCUGGCUAACAUUUGGCCUGGCAUACUGGGUCAUUGCACUUCUACACGGUGACAUGGACCAUCUUGGUGGGGACGACAGCUUUGUUCCUUGUGUCACGAUGGUUAACACCUUCGUGGCAGCAUUCCUGUUUUCCAUUGAGACCCAGACGACCAUUGGGUAUGGAGCCCGCUGUGUGACUGAGGAAUGCCCGUUUGCUGUCUUCAUGGUGGUCUUUCAGUCCAUCAUGGGCUGCAUCAUAGAUGCUUUUAUGAUUGGUGCCAUCAUGGCUAAGAUGGCAAGGCCCAAAAAGCGUGCAGAGACACUACUGUUCAGCCACAACGCAGUCAUCGCCUUGCAUGAUGGGAAACUGUGCUUCAUGUUUAGGGUAGCUAAUCUGCGGAAGAGCCACAUUGUAGAAGCUCAUGUGCGAGCGCAGCUUGUCAAGCCUCGAUACACAGAGGAAGGAGAAUACAUUCCCCUGGAUCAACUUGACAUGAACGUCGGCUAUGACGAUGGCACAGACCGCCUGUUUCUGGUGGCACCGCUCACUGUCAUACAUGAGAUCGAUGAAGAAAGUCCACUGUUUGGCAUCAGUAAGCAGGAUCUUGAAACAUUAGACUUUGAGGUUGUAAUUAUACUUGAAGGCUUGGUGGAGGCCACAGCAAUGACAACACAGGCACGAAGCUCUUACGUUCCCUCUGAGAUUCUGUGGGGUCACCGCUUCGAGCCCGUCAUCUUUGAGGAGAAGAGCCAGUACAGGAUAGACUACGCCUACUUUCACAAAACUUACGAAGUACCAUCCACCCCCAGAUGCAGUGCCAAGGACCUGGAGGAGAGAAAAUUCCCAACAUCUGGUGCCAACUCUUUUUGCUAUGAGAACGAGCUGGCCUUAAUCAGCAAGGAUGAGGAGGAGGAUGAGGAGGAGGAGGAGGAGGAAGGAGAUGUGGAGGAAGAGGAAGGAAGGAAGAGUUCAUCGGAGCGAGUGAACCAGCAAGCCAAUCCUGGACGUGAUCAAAAGUCAUCACCUAAAGAGUCAGAGAUUUAACCUUUGGUUGACUGUUUUCUCCUGACAUGAGGAAACAACAGAAGUGAUCUCGAAAAACUGAAACUGAUUUAGAUUUCUAUUUGGAUUAACCAUUUUUCCUUCCCCGAGAUGGUUGUGGAGAUUUAUUAAAGGCAAACAACACUGUCAUGUUUCAAUUUGCAAAUAAUCUUAUUAAGUGCAUGAAAAUAGCAUAGUUUUUUAUGAAUAUAUUUGAAUGUUUCAUAAGUUUGGUGGGACUAUCUAUAGGUGCUGUUCACAGUCCUCAAGUAUACAAUUUGCAACUGAGUGUAGAGUUAGAUUAACACUUUGCAGAAAACUAAACAUUUGAGAAUAUUUCUCCAGAUUAAGUUCUUAAAAAUAGAAGUGUUGCUCAAGUUUUUUCUUACUGUAAAAACUAUGUGAACAAUAUGACUCAUACAACUGCUAUAUCAUAGACUGCAAUUAACUAAAGGCAACACAUCACAAGAAAAAGAGAGAACAGCCUUCAUGGUGCAUCACAAGUCAAUAAUGAAGGAAAAUCUCUGUCUUUCAUCCAGAGGGAAACAUUAAAACAUGAAUAGAUGAUAAAUAUUUAAUUUCUUUCUCAACAGUUUACCAGAAACAUUGUGACUUGACUGAAUGAGUCUUUGCUAACCCGCUCUGUCUUUGUUAAGUAUUUUUACGCCAAAUGUUCUGUUCUAACAUGCAGUUUACAAUAAUAAUUAAGGUCGAUUUUUAUUCAACCUUGAAUCUAUUCAGCUACAAAUGCAGCCGUAUCAUUUCUAGCAGACAACCCUCAUUGGCUAAUGCUAAUAUUAGCUUCCUGAGUUAGUUGCAAAGGUUGUCUCCGGCUAAAUUUGUACCGCCCUCCCUCUGUUAAUUGUUAUUAUGCCAAAUGUUCUGUUCUCACAUGGCAACAUGAAAUGCAGUUUACAAUAAUAAUCAAGGUAGAUCUUUACCUUGAAUUUAGGCAGCUGUAGACAAUUUCAGGCUUAUCAUUUCUAGCAGACAUCCCUCACUGGCAAAGGCUUACUUAAGCUUCCUGAGUUAGUUGCAAAGGUUGUCUCCAGCUAAAUUUGUAUUUUUUUUAUAUGACAAAACAGUCUUAUAGGUUCACCAGUGGCUGCAUUACAUCCCACUGAAAAAGCUAACAGGUCCCAGGCUAAACGUUGGCAUUCUCAUCAGUUGAUGAUGCACGUUUGACAUUUUGGGAAAUAAAGAAACAACUUUGUCCUUAUGUUGGAUUUUAGAUAUAGUAAAUCCAGGUUUUAUAAUGGGAAAAUAUAUUAUGUUUGAUCAGAGUGUUAUUCCAUACUAACCCUGUAUAGCUCAAAUUGUUUUGCUUACACUACAAAAAAAGGUCUUUACUAAAAAACCUUUUCAAACUUUUGGAUAGAAAUGUUACCUAGAUCACUUGUAUCUGUGUUUAAUUCUUUAACAUUCAUUAAAUGUUUUUACAAGAAAAAAGGAAAAUGUAGAAAACGCUUUAUUAUUUUUAUUUCAAAGGUGCACUCCAUGGUUCACUAACAUUAUGAAAGACCAGGACACUAUCACGAUCUCAAGCAGAGUUUGCUGGGAUAACUAAAGAGUAAUUAUCCCAUAAUCCAUUAAAUACUACAUCAUGUGCUAGUUUUUAAAGUAAAGGGACAUCAGGAAUCAGGUUAGCCUGCUAAUGUUCACAGCUAUGGCUACUUAAGAGCAGACCAUCUGUUGGAUUGUAAAAGAGAGACAAGUAAAAAGAAAAAGGGGUGAAUCCAACAAACUUCUCACAUGUUGGUAAACAAAGACUUGACACAUUAAGUUUGAGGGGCCAUGCAUUGCUUUUGUGGAGUUAUAACCUAAUGUACGACAUAUGGUCUCCUUGUGUUAGGUUUAAAAGCCAAAUCCAGAGAUUGAAAAGAAAGCAAUGAUACACAAAAUAACGAUAAACGUUGGAGUUUAAAGAAGAGCAGAAGAAACUGCUGAGAAUAUCCCUGAUAUAAAAAUAUCACAUUAAUUACUUGGAAAUGAUUUAGAUGUUUAUAGGACAAGUUUAAAUAUUUUUCACAUUUAGAAAAAGUCUAACUCUCAGACUUAGAUGAAUUAGUCUGCCUGUAAAAGAUUAUGUUAAUAAUAAAUAGAUGUUUACCUAGAAAUCAGUGCAAACAAAUCCAACCAUGGCCUGAGAUAACCCCUGGUAUAUUAUUAAAGUAUAACAAUCUGAGAAACGGCAGGCUAUCAAGAUAGAUCCUAAUCAUGCCUUUCAGCAUCCUAUUUUCACACCAACCUGAUCACGCUGUGGUAGAUCACACACAUGGCUAAAAAUACAUACAUUUGCUACUUGUCAAAUAACCAACCUCCAAUUAUUUCUCUCUUUCUUUUAUUACAGGAUACAUGGAGAUAUUAGGUCAGACACUCUUUCCACUUGGUGAAAUACAUUUGUUUUUCCUCCACAUUACUCAAAUUUAAAGCUCCAUGUGGGUUAAUUUAUACACCUGACUGCCAAUCCAGAACAUCUUAACACAUUUACAUUUAUAUCUUGCUGUCUUGUUCAUGAAAUAUCCAAACGGGUUUGCUCUAGAAAACAAACUAUGUUUCUGUUGCCAUUUGAUCAAGAGCGGGACUGUACAGUAAAAGGGAAGAACUCCAAUGUGUACAUUUGUCAGGCUGUUAUUGUAAAUAAAUGAUUAUUAUUUUUGGUUUGAUGUUUCUGGUUGAAUAGACUUAAGUAACAAUACAUUAUUUAAAAAGAAAAUCAGUGUUAAUUUCAUGUUUCUCUUUUGGAAAUACUUGCUUGAUGGACUGAAAUAGCACCUGUCUUCCACUUAAUACAUUUAAAGCAAUUUUGUCUCUGAGUUGCACCUUGUGUUCUCCUUACAAGGUUUUAGUUUGUUGUGUGAGACAACAAUAUAUAAAUUGAGGGACGAAAAAAUAAAUCUCCUGUUGAUUUCCACAAUAAAAAUAUAUCUCACAAA